UGUAGCUAUGUGGUGAAGUAAACAUAAACUCUACAGUGGAGUAAUCAGUAUUAUAACAAAGGUGAACUCUAUACGCACAAUUUUGAGGCUCGUGUUUAGAAAGCAAAUUCCGAUAAAUACAAUAUUUCGUACAAUAGUUCAUUGCGAAGCAUUUAGCAAAAUCGGCAAACAAACAAAAAAUCGUUUCGCCCAUUAUAAUGUCGAAUCAAAUGCAUACCCAGAAUGCAGACGCAGCGCUACUGGCUAGAAUGCAGCAGAUGCGUUUGGAUGGCGAGAGUGGUGGGGGUGGUGGAGGAAAAAUGAUCGGUUCCCUACCGCGAGCAAAUCAUCCCAGUGGGAGCAGUGGCCACGAUCCAAAUACAGACAACAACGCGUACAGCAGCACGGUGACUUCAACUUCAUCGGCCGUCCAUGGGAUGGGGACCAUUGCCGGAAGCAAUGGGGCAACGGUGGCCGCUUCUAUGGCCACGAUGGUGAACAUGAAUGACUACCGAAUGUACGAUCGGUACCAGAAUCAGAUGCUGGCAGCGGCUGCAGCUGGGAGCAAGUUUCCCGUGCAGCAGAGUAACACUGCGCAUGCUACUGUCUCGACAGCUUCUACCACGGCUGGGAUGAUUGGUGGAGGAGGCAAUAGUGUCAGUUCCAGUGGUGGCAGUUAUCAGUACAGGGUCAACAACAGCCCCACCCAUUCGAUGAGCAAUUCAUCUCAUCACUCUGCCAGUGGCAGUGCCGGUGGCGGAGGUACCAUUCCCAGGACAAGUAACUCCUCGGCAGGACCGAUGCAACAGCAACAUUAUUACGACUCGCGUUAUCAAACGGUGUACGAGAACAUUGACUGUUAUCCGACAACUUUGCAACAGCAGCAGCAACAACAACAGCAAUCUAUCGACGCACACUUGUAUGACCAUCGGAAGUUUGAAUCGCACAACAUCAAGGCACAACCUCAGGUUCCGGCUGGCUCUGCAGGCCAGUCUUAUAUAUUGGCGAACGGCGUUGUUAUGCCUGGUCGUGAGCAUCCAGGAAUGAUGAAUGUCGCUGGCCGAUACGCGCACACUCCACAGCCUACAGAGUUAGCGGCUGCAGAACAACCUCCGAUUUAUGAGAAUCUGCAAUCACCACCAACGGCGGGACAGCAGGCACAACCCCAGGCAACCAAAGGAUCCAUGCAGGUUUAUUAUCACCAACGUGCAGACGGCACAACUCCAAGCCCCAAUGCGCUACCACAGCAGCACCAGCAGCAACAGCAACCUCAUCAACAAUACCAUAAUCCUGCGGACCCACAAUCCCAGCCCAUCUAUGAAACAACGAACGCAAGUUCGCAUAAUUACAGAGCAAGUGGCAACACUGUCGCAUCUGCAGGACCUAUGCACUCUACUGCAACUGCAAUGUAUCAUCAUCAUCAGCAGCAACAACAGCAGUACCAUCACUCGCCGACCAAUAGUAGCAUUUCGGUGAAAAUUGCUCAGCAACCGCAGCCGGUACAGCUACCGAAUGUGAAGUAUCACGCUACUGGUGUUCCAGCAUCCGCUGCAUUGCCCUACGAACACCAGAAGUCGCCCAAACUUGGUCCUUCGAAUGCUCCUUCAUUGCCUCCCAAAUCAUCGGAUGCGCUCAAAACCCAGCAAAAGAACAAUAAGUCUCCAUCUCGCAGCAGCUCCAUCUCCGGUUCGAGCUCACUGAACAAAAGUUUCGUCGAGGAUAUCAAUGGAUCGGAUUAUGUUUGUAUGACUAGUGGCACCAAAUACAACAACUCGAGCAGCAACACUUUGCAGUCCAUGAAGACAAGUCCACUGACAUCACCCCCUGGCACAGCGACACCGAUUGGCGGUUCCAGUGGUUCCACCACGGCAGCCAUGCCAGUUCAGGUGGGCCAGGAACGCCAGUACGCAACGCUGCAGGAGAUGGAAAUAGCCAAGAAUCAGCUAUCGCAUAGCCAACCGAAAGGAGCUGCAACACUCUCCUCAAACAGCACCCUUGGCAACAAAUUGGCGACGAACGGCAGCACUACGAUUGCGGGUGGAAACGUCACAAUGGGUAUGGGCAUGGGCAUGGGCUUAAGAGGUGCCGUUUCUCCGACACCGUCGCAACUGAGUACAGGAUCGGGAUCGGGAAAACCAAAAGGAUUGACCAAAAAUCUGCUCCCAUACAACGUCACUCCGCCUAGACCGACGGGGCCAACUGAGGCUGAACGAAAGAUCGAAGAACUGACGCGCCAGCUAGAGGAGGAGAUGGAGAAGAAUGAGGAGCAAGGAGAAUAUUUCGGCAUUUGUCAUACCUGUAAGGAGAAAGUAACCGGUGCCGGUGCGGCCUGCCAAGCAAUGGGAAACCUUUACCACACUAAUUGUUUUAUCUGCUGUUCGUGUGGUCGUGCCCUUCGUGGAAAAGCUUUCUACAAUGUGCACGGGCGGGUUUACUGCGAGGAAGAUUAUAUGUACUCUGGAUUUCAGCAAACCGCUGAGAAAUGUGCAAUAUGCGGACAUUUGAUCAUGGAGAUGAUCCUUCAAGCGAUGGGCAAAUCUUACCACCCGGGUUGCUUCAGAUGUUGCGUUUGUAACGAAUGUCUCGACGGCGUUCCCUUCACAGUAGAUGUAGACAAUAAGAUUUACUGUGUGAACGAUUAUCAUAGCAUGUUUGCUCCGAAAUGUGCGAGCUGUGGCAAAGGCAUCACACCGAUGGAGGGAACGGAGGACACCGUACGCGUGGUGGCGAUGGAUAAAGAUUUUCAUGUUGACUGCUACAUUUGCGAGGAGUGCGGUAUGCAAUUAACCGAUGAGUCCGAUAAACGAUGCUACCCUUACGAAGGUAGACUGAUGUGUCGUUCUUGCCAUAUACAGAAAAUAUCAAUACAGGACAGGCGCGGGCGCAUUCUUGAGCCCGUAUCUGCAACUUAUCAAUACAUGGGUUAAUGGUGACGGGGAGCCAUCAAUUGCAAAGCAAAGAUAAUUUUUCAGAUCACUAGUUUACUGUUGUCCAGCAGUCGAUUUACAUGAUUUUGCAGGUUGAGGAAAAUGCCGGUGCAUUCCUGCCAGUCAGCUAAACAUUCUAAGCUCGGUUGGCUGAUUGGCUACACGCGUUGCAAUCCAUGCAGGAAAAAGAGCAAAAACGAUGUGUCAAACAUUAAACGUUACUCAUCCGCUUUUUUAGUGUACACAGACAUUUGCUACUCGUUCGUGUUCAGUAGUGGUACGUUUCGCAGCAUAAUCAUACGGGCAAUUCAGAGCCUGUCAAAAUGGUUAAACUUCACCACGCAAUCACAAACUCAUUCAUGAGGAUAUUAUAAGACGAUCGUGCAUCGGAGCUAGAAUAAAACAGUAACAUUCCAUUUAAUGUUUAUGUAGCGUAUUUAAGAAUGGAAUAAGAGAAUAGUGGAACAGUGAUCACACCGACGAUGGAAAAGGGAGGAUAAAAGCGUAUAGAAUGGGAAUUACUGCAAUAUGGUUGCAUGAAUUGCAUUUACUCUGGCCUCAUCAAAUUUGCCAAUGUGCGAUCUAGAUUAAUA